AUGGGAGACAGUUCUCGAAUCAUUCCAGUGAAGGUGGCUGUGAGAUGCAGGCCCCUCAUUCAAAAGGAGGAGAAUGAAGGGUGCCAGGGGUGUCUGCAGUUCGUUCCCGCCGAACCUCAAUUGAUUGUUGGUAAGGACAAAGCAUUCACAUUCGACUACGUCUUCAACCCAUCCACGAGCCAACAAACCGUCUACUCUGUUGCUGUCUCUCCACUUGUGAAGGGAUUAUUCAAGGGUUACAAUGCCACUGUCCUGGCCUAUGGACAGACAGGCAGUGGAAAGACCUUCUCAAUGGGUGGUGGCUAUGGAGUGUGCAUGGAGACAAAUGAGGAUGCGGUUGGGAUCAUUCCAAGGGUUAUCCGGGAUCUCUUUGAAGGCAUUAGCAAGAUGCAGGAUAAGUUUGAGUUCAUUAUCAAAGUGUCUUAUCUUGAGCUUUACAAGGAAGAUUUAUUGGAUCUGUUUGUACCAGUGCAGAAGAGGGAGAAGGACCAGGUGGUCAUCAGGGAUGAUGUGUCUGGGGGCAUAAAGUUGACGGGCAUGAGCGAGAUUGAAGUACACACAUAUGAGGAGACGAUGAGGGCUCUGGAGGAGGGCUCACAGGGCAGGACCAUAGGGGCCACUGCAAUGAACAACCAAUCAAGUCGAUCACACGCCAUCUUCACGAUCCAUUUGGAUAGGAAGAGCAAACUAGAUAGGCAUAAACAUCAACAAGGGGCUGCUGGCACUUGGGAAUGUGAUCAGCGCACUGGGAGAGGAGUCAUCGGUCAGGAAGGGCCACAUCCCAUACAGAGACAGCAAGUUGACCAGGCUCCUCCAAGCACAAAAUUUCUCAGAGUGAUAAUCAAGGGCAACCUCUCGUGGGAUAUGCAUAUAGACUCGUUAUCGAAAAAAAUUAAUAAAACCAUAGGCGUAAUUAAUAAAAUUAAAGUUCAAGAGUUGCAGUCGAAUGGUGUGGCAGCCAACAAGCGGAUAUCCAUCGGUGGUGUCGAGAUGGAGACCGAGCAGUACAGGACUAUCAUUGAGAAGAAUCGAAAACUUGAGGACGAGAACCGACACCUGGUGAACGAGUUGCAGAUCGUGAUAACUCAGAACACAGAGAUGAUGGACAAGGUGGUGCGCACUGAGGUGGCUCGCGACAAAAUGAAGGAGCAGCUGGAUGACCUCAAAGAACAGGCCCUGAAGGAGAUGGAAUGCUUGAAGGAGUGCCAGCUGAAGGAAGACACGAGUAUGCAAACCUCGGCUCUCUCUCCAGAAGUCAUCGACCAGCAACUCAGCAUCAUGAUCAAGUUCAAGGACAAGUUGUGCCAGAUCGAGACAGGAGAUGUUGACGAGCGGAACAACAUGAACGACGACGAGGACAACACGAAGCUGGACGACCUGGCCUCCCCGGGUGAAGCUGACGGUCAGCAGGCAGACGAGUUGAAGAGCAGGCACGUUCUCAGGCAGGCACAGCUGAACAGGGAGCUGCAGAACCUCAACAACAUGCUGCAUCGCAAGCAGGAGCUUGCCACGCAAAUGCAGUCCAACGAGAAGCAGAUGCAAGAAAUGAAGGAACAGUACGAGCAACAAAUGAAGGAGAUGGAGACUGAAGUUGAAAAGUUGCAGAAGGAGAAAGAAGAAGCCGUUGUCAUGAUGCAUUCAUUGAAAUCCAAUGCGGCCAACAGCAAGUUAGCCGAACAGAGAAGGAAGAGAGUGCAAGAGUUGGAGAGCCAGAUCCAGGAGCUGAAGAGGAAGAUGUCUGAGCAGAUGCGGAUGCUCAAGAUGAAAGAACAAAAUGAAAAACAAGUCGAAAAACUGAACCAAGAGAUAAUUUCCAUGAAGCAGCAACGCGUGAAGCUGAUGAAUCAGCUGAAAGAUGAUGCCGAGCAGUUCAGGAAGAUGAAAGCCGAGAUGACAAAGGAGGUCUUACAACUUAAGUCCCAGGAUCGCAAACGUCAAGCGGAGAUGGCCAAGCUGGAACGUCAGCAUGUGAACCAGCAGGUCGUGCUGAAGAGGAAGGCCGAGGAAGCAGCUGCAGCCAACAACAGACUGAAGGAGGUCCUCAUGAGACAGAAGAUGGUCAUGGAUGACCGCAACAAAAAACAAGAAGCUGCUGAUCUCUCUGGCGCUGGUGCUAGAAUUAAGAAGCUGAUUGGAGAUGAGAUGGACUUGAUGGUGUCGGUGGAGGAGGCGAGGAUCCAUCUGAAUCAGCAGAUGUCCUCGAGGAAGGAGAUGAACGAACAGGCAACAUGUAUCAGGAACAAGCUGAACAUUCACGAAAACCAGGUGUCAGAAUGCAUGUCAGAUGAGGAGAAGUCCUCGCUAGCGUUGCAGUUGAAGGAGCUCGAACAGCAGAUUGAACUGUGCACUGUACAAAUAGCCGACCUACAGCAGAAGCUCAUUGAUGCUGAUCAAGAUGAAAAGUGCAAAUCUCGCUGGGACAAUAUUCAUACAAUAGUGGAGUCAAAAAUUGCCAUCAAGUUCCUACUCAACAUGGCAGUCAGUUUAAAAGUUGAGGGCAACAAGAAAAAUGGUGAGAUGGAGGAUCUGAAAGCGAUGUGCAAAGAGUUGACCCAAAUGAAUGAAAAGAUGCAGGAAGGCACAUUCAGGUUUAAGCUGAAGUACGAGCAAGACAUGUGCGACCUCAGGAAGGAAAAUGAAAGCAAGGUCUUGUACCUACUCUCUCAGAUGAAAAACAAUAAAAAUUUUGGAUCCAGGAGUGAGGUGAAGGAAUCUGAACGAAUUGAGGAACUCAAGAAGAGGAUCGAAUUUCAAGAGAAGGAGAUAGAAAAAUUUCGGGCUAUGGAGGAAGAGCUCAACAACAAAACCGAAGUAAUCAACAAUCUCCGAAGAGAAAUGACGAAGAAGCAGUACAACUUGACGAUGAUGAGAGGGGAAGGAACAUUGCUGCCCACCAACAUUGAAGCUGACAUUAAGACUGAGUUCUUCAAUCCUCCAACGCUCACUGACAGAAUUCGAAAGAGGCCGACAAAAAGAAGAAGCAACUCCAGCGAGGAGGAAGAUAAUGAGGUGACAUCUGAUGAGUUUGAGGACGAGGAUGACGUCACGAAGGACCCUUCCUAUCGGUCCGGCCUCACGCCUGCCCCUGCAAGACAAAGAAGCAGGCAAGCCAGCAAAGCUCCUCAAGCCGUUGAUUCAUCGUCAUCUUCGUCGUCACUAUUCAAUCGAACAUUCAUCACCAGUGACAAUGGCGUCGCUCCCACCGCGCUGCCUCCGAAGAAAAAGGUCGGCGAAAGAAGAAAAAAGACAGGUAGCAGCAAAAAUGAGAACAACAAGCCACUUGACUCCACUGGCGGUUCAAACCCUCCGAUAGAUUUAUCUGAAGUUGGUGUCAACAGUUUCGGUAAGAAGAGGAAACUGCAACCUUUAAAGUCUGCUACAUACUUCACUGAUCAAAUUUAA